AUGACCUUCAAGGAGAAGGUACUGGGUGCCCCGGCUGUGAGGCCGGUCGUUCGCGAUCUUAUUAAGGAAGGGGCUAUGACGUUGGAUUUCGAGGGUGGAGAUCGGUUGUUACCCAAGUUCAGCAUCACAGCACCAACCCUGAAGCAGUUGUGUGAACCAUGGGAACAGUGUCUAGUGAUCAAGUUGCUAGGGAGAGAUGUGGGGUUCCUAACCUUGCGGGACAGGCUACCUGCCUUGUGGAAGGUCCAAGGAGGCCUAGAGUUGUUGGACGUGUCACAUGGCUACUUCAUGGUGAAGUUUGACUUGGAAGCGGAUAGAGAACGGGUCAUGCACGGGGGUCCUUGGAUGCUCUUUGAUCACUACCUGAUUGUUAGACCAUGGUCCCCGGAGUUCGUAGCUUCAGCAACGAAGGUUGACAGUACUCUUGUCUGGGUCAGGUUUCCGGGGCUUGGAGUUAUGUUUUAUGAUGAGAGUGUUCUCCUAACUAUCGCUUCAGCCAUAGGGAAGCCAGUUAAGGUGGAUCUGAAUACUCUCAACAUGACACGGGGAAGGUUUGCAUGA